GGUAGGGGGGCGGAAAUACUACGAGCUCCUCGGAAAGCUACGGCUUCUCGCGCAAACGUCCGUUGUCGAGAAUACGAAAGUCAGCCGGGGCAGAGGGAAAUCAGCGCCGCCGAGGUAGGUGCUCCGAACUUGUCACCCUGGGCCUUUGUCCUGCAGAUCCUUGGGAGGACCCUGCUUCAGCGCAAUUAUGAACUUGGAGCGGGUGUCCAAUGAGGAGAAGCUGAACCUGUGCCGGAAGUACUACUUGGGUGGAUUUGCUUUUCUACCUUUUCUCUGGUUGGUGAACAUACUGUGGUUCUUCCGAGAGGCCUUCCUUGUCCCUGCCUACACGGAGCAGAGCCAAAUUAAAGGCUAUGUUUGGCGCUCUGCUGUGGGCUUCCUCUUCUGGGUGAUUGUGCUCACUACCUGGAUUACCAUCUUCCAGAUCUACCGGCCCCGCUGGGGUGCCCUUGGGGACUACCUUUCCUUCACCAUACCCUUAGGAACUCCCUGACUUCAGUACAGGCUGAUGAUCUGUUUUUUUACUCCCUAUAUGGGCUCCAAGCUCAUUCUCAAGCCCCAAACGUGUCCAUCUCACCUCUUCUCCCCUGACAUGCCAUAAUAAAGGACCCUAACUUUUGA